UUCGAGCCCUUCCAUUAAUUAUCAGAUCGAAUAUGCUGCUUCUUGUUCCGUCCGCUUUAUCUUUCUUCUCCCCUUAGCUAGCUAGAUACCAGCUGCGCUUAGAGCUUUCCACAGAUUAUAUCGAUCCAUCUAUCACUAAUUUCUUUCUUUCUAAUCAGGAUAUAUAUCCACUUAAUCUUUCCUUAGAGACAGACUGAUCGACCAACGUACAAUGGGAAAUUGCCUUUCCCUCUCAUGUUCAACCAAGAACAUCAUGGCGAAUCCGAUCGAAACCACAUUCAAGCUUCCCUCUCCAUUACCCAGUUGGCCAUCUGGUAGUGGGUUCGCAAAUGGAAUCAUACAUCUGGGAGGAUUACAAGUAUGCCAGAUUUCAUCUUUCAACGAAGUAUGGGCAACCCAUGAGGGAGGACCAGACAACCUUGGGGCAACCUUCUUCGAACCUUCACCCCUACCCCAAGGAUUCUAUAUGCUCGGUUGCUACAGCCAACCCAACAACAAACCCCUUUUCGGAUGGGCCCUUGCUGCCAAAGCCGACGAUCACUCCUCCUCUCCAUGGCCGGCUUUACAGCAACCAGUUGAUUACACUCUGGUAUGGAGCAGCGAGUCCGUGAAGAUGAAGAAAGAUGGUGAUGGAUACCUCUGGUUACCCACUGCCCCGGAGCGUUAUGCAGCCAUAGGCUAUGUUGUCACUAGCUCUCCUGAGAAGCCGUCCCUUGAUAAAAUCAGGUGCGUUCGAUCUGACCUUACUGACCAAUGUGAAGCUGACUCGUGGAUCUGGGGACCCCCUGGUGGCACCAUUGAUGGGUUCAAUGUAUAUAGUCUCACACCCAGCAAUAGGGGCAUCCAAGCUAUGGGUGUCCCCGUUGGCACAUUCCUAGCCAGUAAUGGUAAAGCAAAUAAUAUAGCUUGUUUGAAAAACAAUAACACCCAACCACACACUUGUAUGCCAAACCAAAGCCAAAUUGAUGCAAUACUUCAAGCUUACGCUCCGUUCAUAUACUUCCAUCCUGACGAAGCUUACCUCCCUUCUUCGGUGGGUUGGUUUUUCACAAAUGGAGCACUUCUGUAUAGCAAGGAACAUGUAGAAAAUCCCGUUCCAAUUGAACCCACGGGCUCUAAUCUUCCACAAGGCAGCUCAAAUGAUGGCGCCUAUUGGUUGGACCUACCGGUCGAUCAAGGCGCCAAAGAACGAGUGAAAAAGGGAGAUCUUGUUGACGCCGAGGCCUACUUACACAUAAAACCCAUGUUAGGCUCAACAUUCACUGACAUAGCUAUUUGGGUCUUCUACCCUUUCAAUGGCCCCGCAAGGGCCAAAGUUGAGUUCUUCAAUGUUUCGUUGGGGAAGAUAGGUGAACAUGUUGGUGACUGGGAGCAUGUCACAUUAAGAGUCAGCAAUUUUACUGGCCAACUCUGGAGUGUCUACUUCUCGGAACACAGUGGAGGAAUAUGGGUGGACGCUUCUGGGCUUGAAUUUCAAAAUGGCAACAAACCGGUGACAUAUGCAUCUUUGCAUGGACAUGCCUUCUAUUCCAAACCAGGACUUGUUUUGCAAGGGAAUGGAAGCAUAGGAAUCAGGAAUGAUACUGCAAAGAGUAAAAUGGUAAUGGACUCUGGACUGAGGCCUUCAAUAAUUGCAGCUGAGUAUAUGGGCGCGGCUAUCAUUGAACCACCAUGGCUUAACUACAGCAGGAAAUGGGGUCCGAAAAUUAGUUAUCAGAUUUCGGAUGAAAUAAAAAAGGUGGAGAAGCUCUUGCCUGGAAAGCUCAAGACUGUUUUUGACAAGUUUAUCAAAAGUCUACCAGAUGAAGUAUUGGGAGAAGAAGGGCCUACAGGUCCCAAGAUGAAGAAUAACUGGAAUGGAGAUGAAGUUGUUUGAAGGCUUAGCGGUAUAUUUGUUUAGGUAAGAUUGGAUAUUUUAACUGUAAAAGAGAUCGAAAUUCUUGGUAUGCUAUGUUAAAAAUAUAUCCAACAUAGGUAUAUUGAAAAUGUUGAGCAUUCUCUUAAAAUUACAGAUGUAAUGACCAUGCAUAUACGAUCAUAUUCAAUAUUGAUUUUCCAUA